GCGCAGUGUGGCCCGGUCCGGCUUUAUCUACCCUCCCCGCGCGGCCCCGCCUGCCUUUGAGCGAAAGGCGGGAAGAUGGCGGAGUCCUCGGGCCGCGGCGCGGGGAAGCCCUCCUCAGGGGAUCCGAGCACUACUGGGGGCACCAGAAGGAAAACUGCAGGCGGCCGUGUAGUGGCAUCCCGGUACCUGCAGCCCAAAGAGAAGGCGGCAGCGAGGAAGGCCCCUGAGGCAGAUGCAGUCAAGACCAGCGGGAAGAUGCCUGAGCGAGGGAGGAGACCCGUCCCAGGGAGAAGCAGCAACAGCAGCAGGGAUGCCAGCAAGGCAGACAAGGGGGACCUGCAGUCCACGCUGCUGGAAGGCCAUGGUCCGGCACCUCCAGACCUAGACAUCUCGGCUAUCAACAGUAUGUCAGCCCCCUCCAGCGGGAAUGGCGGAGGUCGAGGCACAAGGCCCCAGCACCUUUCCCGUCCAGACGAAAGCACCAGCAGGCGAGCCCGGCAGCCCGAGAGAAGAGCGUGCGGGAAACUGAAGUCCUCGGUGUGCACAGCCCCCAAGAGUAGGCCGACUUUGUCAGAAGUGAUGGAGAUGGUGGACUCACAGGCGCUGCUCCUGACACUGCUGUCAGUGAAGAUGGAGAACGGCCUAGCGGCCUUCGAGGAGGAGGCGGAGAAGAAGCUGCUGGCCGCGGGCCGGGAGGAGGAGAGGCUGCGCAAGACAGUCCACGAGCAGCGGCGCCAACUCCUGCUCGGCCAGAGGCGGCGGCAGCUGGCAGCUGUUCUGGACUUGCAGAUAGCAAUGCUCAGCCCCUGUGAAGCGAUUCUCCAGCGCUUCAAAGAACAGUACCAGGCCCUGGCCAGCGCCCUGGACACCACACGCCACGAGCUGCCUGUCAGCGACAUCCAUCUAGACCAAGACCGUGCUCAGUUCCUGGAUGAUGUGCAGCGAGAACUGCUGACCACUCGCCAGCUGCUGGGGGAGCUGGGGCUGGAUUCCACCGCGGACCCCAGGCAGAUACUGACGCAGCUGCAGGAGCUGAAGACCAGCGCACAGGCCACAGACCUGGAGCUGCAGAGGAGUUUCGAGCAGCUUUUGGAACUGUCUGCAGAGGCCAGCAAGGAGGUGGCCUUGGGCAACCAGGAAGUCUGGGAGGAGGCUCAGGGCAAGGAGGAGUCUCUGAUGGAGUACUUCAGCCUGGAAGCUGCCACACCCACCAAGAAACCUGCAUCCUGACAUACUUUUUGGUG